CUGCCGCCGCAGUCGCACACAGUCAUUCGUGUAGUGUACGCGCGCCUGUCAGCGAGUGUGUUCGCUUUGUUGUUCUCGUCCGCGACGUGUUUUUUGUUUUUUGUUUUAUCAUAACCAUAUAUAUAUAUAUAUAAAUAUAAAUACUGUAUGAUGUAUAAUAUAUUAUUUUACAAUAAUUUAUUGAAAUAAAAUCGUAACAUUUUUUUUUCGUGUUAGUCCGACUGUUUAACGCGCGUGUACCGUGUGUUCCGAGUGUGCGUAUUCCGUCUGUUAUCGUUUUGUGUGCUCGUUCGUUCUUCUCAUACCAAAGGUAUUACAAUUAAAAUUAUAAAGUUUGCUUUUUGCACGCGCCAUGAUACGCGUUUAACCUCAACAUUCUAUUUUAUACAUAUUUUUCGAAUUAUUUUUUUUACAUUAAAUACGUUUAAUCGUUUUGGACUCGAGCCGGUAUUUGAUCCAUUUCCGCGAGUGUUUCCGUAGCAUGCGCGAUUUUCACAGAGCUUCUAACGACCCAUACCGGUGUGUUGAUGGUGUUGUCGUCGACGUGGUCCCGCCGCGACACAUGCCGUCGUCGACACGGCCACUGCGGCCACCGGUGAUUGUUGUCGCGCGAUCGUCCGCGCACUGCGGUCAUGACGUGUCCGCAUUCGCCGCGGCGAUAUGAGUGCCGUCGUCGCAGUCAAGCAGUGACAGGAGCAUCACCGAAAUCGGUAGCACCAGUAGUAGUAGUAGUAGGAGUAGCAGUAGCAGUAGAAGUAGCAGCAAUAGCAAGGGCAGUAGUGCUGUGAACAGACGACCGUGCGUAAAAAACGAGCACUUGAUUGUGUGGGCGCGAAGGAGACGACGACGACGACGACGACGACGACGACAACGACUUCUGACGGACCACUCGACCCGCACGGUCGAGAUGGAAGACGACCACCAGAACGACCAGCAGGUGAACAACCCGCACAUAAACAAAGUGCUCAAAACCUACCAGAUGAGUGCGCCCAGGAGCCUGCAGGGACCGAACUCGGUGCUGGACGAACCGUCGGGCGCUGCGGUGGCCGUGUGCUCGCCCAAGGCGCCAAUGCCCACCGCGACCGGCGGCGACUCUGAGUCCACCGGUGGUCGGAAAACGCCGGCACCGGCGCCACCACCACCACCACCCUUGCACCCGGUGCUCUACGUGCCUGACCAGUCGGGAUGCGAGCUGUUUGAGACGGAGUUGGAAUGGGAGAAGAUCGCGUGCUUCAUGGUGGGCGGUGAGAUGCGGUUGUGCCUGCCACAGAUCCUUAAUACGGUGCUCCGGGACUUCACACUCACCCAGAUCAACCAGGUGUGCGACGAGCUGCGCAUCUACUGUUCUCGGUGUACGCCCGAACAGCUGGACAUGCUCAAGCACUGCCAGAUACUGCCGGUAACGGCGCCGUCUUGCGGGCUGAUGACGAAGACGAAUGCCGAGCGACUGUGUUUCGCACUGCUUCACCGGAUCCCGCCACCCGCGGCCCCGGUGCCCGACGACGUGGUCACUUUCUCGUUCGAAGUGUUCCACGAUGUGUUCGGUAAGACCCGGGGCGUGUGUAUGCCGGAACUGUACACAGAGAAGUUCUCGGCAUGCAUCCAGUGCGUCGAGUGCAAGGCGCUAUUCGCGCCCCAACGGUUCGUCAACCACAUACACCGGUUCACGGGCACGAAUUCGUGCCACUGGGGCUACAAGCGCGAGAACUGGAAAGCGUACGUCAAGGUGUCGCACGGGCACCCGGACUACGCGCAAGUUGUCAACCUGUUCGAGACGUUCAAGGAGCAGAUCGACGAUUCGGCCACCGCGCACUUCUCCUCUCGAAAACGAAAACAGUUGAUGGAAUUGGUGCCCGUCUCGUGUACGGUCCGCCCGUCCCGGGCAGAAACGCCGCCGCCGUCGCUGAAGAGGACCAAACUCGAGGACGCACCGCCAGCGGUGCCCACGGCGGCCUACUACUCGGCGCUGGGCAUGGCACCCACGCUACCAAACUACAUGGUGGACCCAUUCCACUAUUUUUACGGUGCAUGGGUGCCGCCACCCGCGGCCAUGUACAUGAAUAAUUCGCAUCACAUGUACAGGAACGAGAGUCUGGUGAAGAGAGAGAGACCGCCGAGGCUAGUGGACCCGCAAAAAGUCAUAUCACACACGCAGUCCGAACAGUUCAGCAGGAGUUUUCAACCGAACGUCGCUCUGGCGCCACCCACCAAACACAACGGCAACGCCAACUCCACCAAUCUCUUGGGCCAUCACCACAAUCAUCACCACCAAAACACCAACAGUGUCAACAUCAACAACAACAACAAUAACACCAGCAGCAAUAACAACAACAGCGCUGCCAAACCGACGGUGAAAUUCAAGUACAAAGACGACGGUGAACAGGAAAACAAAGAGAUCGUCCCAACUCAAGAGUCCGAGAGGAGAUAUAACAGUGUCGCCGCCAGUGUCAUGGAGCAAGUGGCCGCUGUCUUAGACGCCUUGAGUGAUGCCAAGGAGACGACGCGUCAGCAAGUGAUUGGAUUGGUUGAGCGGAUCGCCCUGCGCCUUGAAAAAGUUGAAUCAAAAAAUCAACAACUCGUCCGGGAGAACGAAAUACUUAAAAACCAAUUGAACAUGAAGAGGCAUACGAACAAAGAAGAUUCGUUAGUAGACGACUGUAUGAUGAUCAAAUGGGAAGAAGGAGGUGGUAUUGACCAAGAACAUAGCAAAGCCAACAGUUUGCCAUUGAUGAACAAGAGGUGUAGUCCUGUGUCCGUGAUAACCUCACCACCAUGUCAGCCCAAAACACCUCCACCUCAUAAUUUACAGUCCACUAACAUGGCCGCCACCACUGCUACCAUCACAGCCACCUCAGUGUUGAUCAAAUCGGAAUCCAUCGACUGAUUAUUAUAAUU